AUGUCUGAGUCAUCGGACCUGCAACGCGAGGAGCGACGCAUCAGGCAAUUCAAGGGCGCUUUGAUCGCUCAGGCUUCGUAUGUGCAAACCACUUGCCCGGACCGAGUAGCCGUCGAAAAGACCCUGAAGUCGCUCGCUAAUGAUGUGAUCGCUAUCGGAUUCUACGGAGACAAAGUGAACUAUGCAGGCAUCGAGCUUGCGGAAAUCUGCAAGGGUUACUCUGAUCGAUUGAAGGCUCUGGGCUCUGAAUACAAGAGCUACCCUCAUCUGACUAUUUAUUCCAAGGGGCUCACAAUAGCCGAUGAGCUCCACCAAAUGGUGAUCAAUUUGCCAUUCUAA